AUGGAUGAUUCAUCGAUUAAUCCAUUAUUACUUACUUCAUCUGCUCAUCUCGAAAAUGUUGAACAACUUAUUAGAAAUCUUGAAAAACAAACACUUGAUUUAGAUAAUUUUGAAGAUAUAUUAAGUAAUCGUAAUCGACAAGAACUUAUAACAAAAUCGUUUACAGCCGUUUCAGCAAAUGCAAUGGGUAUUGAUGAUGUCUCAGAUGAUAAUUUUCUACUCAAGAGUAUUUCAUUAACAAAUACUAAUAUACCUGGUCUUAAUAAUGAAAAUUUAUCUAUGGACAGUUUAUUUAAUCAACGUGAUAUAUUUGAAAAUGAUGAUUAUAAAAAACAACAAACACCACCAGUUGAUCAAAGUUUAUUAAUGGAUCAAGAAGGUGGUUUUACAUGGGAUGAUCAAUAUGAUGCACGUGCAAACUAUCGUUAA